AGUAGGAGUGGAAUGGCCGGUUCACAGAUGUCUUCUUCCGAUGUCCAUUCUAUCUAUAAAGAAACAAGAAAGAGAAGAUCUGAUGAGGAAGUAGACAACUUCUCAAAAGAUGAAAAAGACUUGAUUUUGAGGAUGUAUAAGCUGGUGGGAGAGAGAUGGUCUAUAAUUGCUGGAAGAAUUCCUGGAAGAAGUGCUGGGGAAAUCAAGAACUACUGCGAAUAUCAUUUUUCAGACAGGAAAUGAAUAAGAUGGCAUUAAUAUGUACAUGUAAAAUAAUUUAGGGAUAGAAGGAAAGCUACAUCGACUUUCCGCAUAAAGGCUUUGUCCCGCAAGUUACGGCGAUUGAUUUGAUUCUAGCUAUAUAAAUUGUAUGAAAAUGUAUUUAUUUGAUUCUAGCUAUAUAAAUUGUAUGAAAAUGUAUUUAUCCAA